AGCAGUUCUCCCCGGAUACAUUACCGUCUCUCACUCGCUCCCAGACGGAUUGAGAUUUAACUUUCAUACAGAACGGAUAGAGGAUAUUUUUCUACUAUUUUCCACUCAGAAACAGCAUGACUCCACUGCGCUGUUAGAAAACAGUCGGUUAAGAGUUCUUAUGACUGUUUGCUGUAACAGAGGGAGCAGCCAUGAAGAGGAGCAAGCAGUGGGAUGUCAGAGGAGCCGUAGGCUUUGCAGCUCUUUUCCAUUUCCUUUAUGCCUCUGCCAUAGGCUGCCUUUUGCCCUUCCUCACCCUUUACUUACGGCACCUCGGCCUCACUGCCAUCAUGACGGGCACCAUCAUGGCUGUCAAACACCUAGUUGCUCUGGUGUGGAGGCCUCUCUCUUGCAUCCUGGCCAGGCGCCAUAACAAACGCCGCACGGUCAUAAUAGGAUCUCUCAUUUUUUCAGCAGCAGUUGCGUUAAUACUUUUGCUCUUCCCACCCACAGGAAAGAGCACAGAGAACAGAAGUUGUAAUAUUAGUCAGCUGAAUACAGUACAUGAGCUUAGCUCAACUACUCUGAAACCCAGGACAACUCUACAAAAAUUCUCGGGAUCUGUUGCGUACUCAACAGAACAUAAGAUGAGACCUGCCCAAGAGCACAAUAACACUGAACAUAUAUCUGCAAUGCCAGUCAACAUCUCAGCAUUAUAUUACACCCAGAGUACCACUGAGGCUACCACAAGCAGCCAAAGUGACAGGCAAGAAUCUUCAGAAAUUCAGAUGCCUUCACCAGGUAAGAAGAGCAGAUCUUUAAGGAAGCGUGAACAAAAGCAGCAGGAGAUUAACAUGAUUCAGUAUGAGUUCCUUGGGAGCUUGAAAGUCAUGGACACACAGCAUCAGAUGUUUUUCUUGAUCAUGAUCAUCAUAAUCCUCUGGGAGUUUCUGGCUGCUCCUUUGACAUGGGCAGCUGAUGAUGGGCUGCAUGAGUACCUUGAUUUUGUCGAUGCCACAGAACGUCACCGGGCCAUUAAACCAUGGACACUGUUAGGGAUUGCUGGUGGUAUGGGAUGCUCUGGUAUUCUAGUCAGCUUCCUUUACUGUUUAAUUGGAACAGUGUUGCAUUUUUACACAUACGGCCUGUUAAUGGUUCUCGCCAUGCCUCUUGCUGCUUUGUUACCUCUUUACAGACACAAACGUGAACAUGUUCCUGGGGCUGGUUUGAAGGCAUUACACCUAGUGCGAGGAGACUCGCAGGCACUGCUCUGUGCAAUUACUGCUGUUCUUACUGGCAUAGCAGGAUCUGUUGUUUCUGACUUCCUCCUAUGGCAGAUGCAAGAUCUCAAUGCUACAGAGCUUCAAAUGGGUAUCACUUUAGCUUUUGUGCCUCUUUGCCAGGCUGCCUUUGCUCCACUGAACGGAUGUUUAACUCGUCUUCUGAAAUUCCAUGGCCGACUACUGCCUCUUGGUAUCCUGGGCCUGUCUCUGCAAUGCCUUUCCUAUUCUUUCUUACAGAUUCCAUGGACUAUACUUCCUUCUCAGGUGCUGGCUGGAAUCAGCAUUGGUGCCCUCUGGUGGUCGUUAGAGGCUCAAGCUGCAGACAUAGCCUCUCCUGGGACCGAGUUGGCAGUGAAGCGAGUGUUUGAAGCCCUUUAUCUAGAUCUUGGUGCUGGACUAGGCAGUGUAGCAGCUGGGUUUGUGGUACAGAAGUUUGGGAUCAAAGUCCUCUUCCAGGGUACAGCAGCGAUGCUCGGACUGUGGUGCAUUACUUUAGCUGUGCUGCAGUGGAGAAUCCCUCGCCAACGCAGGAUUAAUUACUCACGCCUCCUGGCGGCUGAUGCCAGUGAGAUGAGCGAGUCCGAGUCUGAGCAGGACAAUGACUGGUUAGAGAAAGCCAUUGAAGAGGACAAGGGGAACAAUAAUUGGAGGAGACUGAAUUAAUAAGAUAAACAUUUAUCCACAGAAAAUACGAUGCCAGAAAACCUGAGUGACUGUCGGAAUGAAGGACAUUAUAAUAUGAAGGACUCGGAGCAAGUCAGUUUGUUGAAAUGUAAUAAUUCCAGAUAGUCUUAAACAGCUUUAAGAACCGCAGAACGUCGUUCAGUCACGGUUCCUUUGCUUCUUUUGCUCAACCUGUCAGCUGAAUGCUGUAAGAAAUGCAGUUUGUCUGGAAAGUAUGCUGUCCAUGUGCUUAUAAAGAAAUGUAAGGCUUACCUAACCGUUUAUUGUUUAUUGUCUCUUAAAGCUCAAAAACUCUUAGAUCCAUAUUACAUUUAAAAAGCAAUGAAAUGAAGUAUAUGUUGUUCUUGUUAUCUUAAAAUAAUUCUAUAAUCAAAAUAUAUAAUUAUACCACUCUGCUGUUGAA